AUGAAGCUCUCCGGUGUUACUCUUCUGUGCGCUCUGAGCGGCCUCGCCGCCGCCCUUCCUCCCUCCGGCACCUCGUCGAGCGUGCGCAACUGGCAACCGGCGACUACGAUAAAGCACUCGCCCACGACGCAGCCCUCGGGCCCGCCGCUGAAGCCGCACACUGAAUACGUGCGUCUCUUCAAGGAUACCAACCACCAGGGACAGGGACCCAUCCCCUGCAAGGUCGAGGUGCACACCAAGUUCCUGAACGCGACGUCCGCCCGGGUUGGACACUAUAACCCGCAGAAGGACGAAUGCGAGAUGGACCGCCCCAACAGCAGCACCUUCGUCUGGUCCACUAUCGGCGCCCACGGCUUCGUCUCGCUGGCCUACCAGGAUGACAACAAGCCCGAGUGGGCUGACAACAGCGGUGGCUCCUACGUUGCUGGCGCGCUCUAUCUCAAGUACAACCCCAACGGUGAUACUGGGGCCUGGGUGCAGUACACUCUCCCGGUUGGUCUGAAGUCCGACUGCCAUGCGUUCCUGUCUGGUGGCCAGCUGUGGACUCAGAAGCGCUGCAAUGUCAACCUGAAGAAGUGGCCCGGUGGUUCCGAUAGCAUUGCCGUCAUCCCUUGA